UUGGUAAUCAGAAAAGACUAUUCUUCUCGAUUUCGCUGAGGUUGUUCAUCUCUGAGAGCUUGGGGAUUUAUAGUUUGAGUUUCCAUCGGUUACUUUGGAGAUGAUGAGGUUGAUUGAAUGCUUGAGAGUGAGACGAGUGGGAUGAUACAGACAACACGACGCGCGCGAGAAGGGGGAGGGAGCGUGGGCUACACCGAUCUACUCUGGAGCUGACAGGUGUCGAAAAACGCCCCUUCCUCCUUGCUUGCUGACGUGGAGGGCUGUGCGCAUCACACAAAUCAACUUUAUAUACUAAAAUUACUGAGAUAGCCUAUGAGAAACUACCUAAUACCUAUCGACGACACGCGCUUACUGAACUCGACUCCCGUCUCACAGUACGCAACACAAGUCCUCAAAAUCGUAUAGCUUCUGUGCUCUGUCUCCAAUGGAAUCAGAACCCCUAACCGACCCGACAGGACCAAACCAGGACGAGACCAAGACCGAGCCGUCAGAAUUCAAGAAGAAUCAAGAACGGUACAAAGCUCUAAUCUCCACGUUUACUCACGAGAAAGGCUGGAGACCAAAACAACCCUAUAUCGAGUACGGUGGUCAUUGGUGGAUACAAGCUCUCCUCGAAGGCUGCCUUCACGCGCAAGAGUUCUUUCAAGCAAGACCCAACGACAUCUUCGUCUGUAGCUACCCAAAGACAGGUACCACCUGGCUCAAAGCUCUCACUUUCGCCAUAGCCAAUAGAUCUCGCUUCGAUGAUUCCUCGAACCCUCUCCUAAAACGCAACCCUCACGAGUUCGUUCCUUACAUCGAGAUCGACUUCCCUUUCUUCCCUCAACUCGAUGUUCUCAACAACAAAAGCAACACUCUGUUUUCAACUCAUAUCCCACACGAGUUGUUACCGGAUUCGGUUGUGAGAUCGGGUUGUAACUUGGUUUACAUCUGGAGAGAUCCAAAGGACACUUUCAUCUCUUUAUGGACAUUCCUCCACAAAUCAAGGUCACCGUUUGGUCCUGUAAACAGCCUCGAGGAGUCUUUUGAUAUGUUCUGUCGAGGUCUGUCUUGGUACGGUCCUUAUCUUGAUCAUGUCUUGGGGUAUUGGAGAGCUUACCAAGAGAAUCCUGAUAAGAUUCUGUUCCUGAAGUACGAGUUUAUGAGAGCUGAUCCUUUGCCUUAUGUGAAGAAGCUAGCUGAGUUCAUGGGGUUUGGAUUCACGGAAGAGGAAGAGCAGAAAGGUGUUGCUGAGAAUGUUGUGAAUCUUUGCAGCUUCGAGACGCUGAAGAAUCUUGAAGCUAACAAAGGAGAGAAAGAGAGGGAAGAUCGUGCUGCUGUUUACGUGAAUAGCGCUUUUUUCAGGAAAGGUAAGGUUGGAGAUUGGUCGAACUAUCUGACUCCAGAAAUGGUUGCUCGUAUUGAUGGGAUAAUGGAUGAGAAGUUCAAGGAUACAGGUUUGCUUGAACAUGGUCAAUGACCGGUUCUUGAUCUUUAUGCUCCAUCUGUCUGUUCGAUUCUAUAAUGUAAUAAAUAUUGAUUCUGUUUUAUUCAAAUGGUGUUGUUUCUAUAAAAGGAAUUGACUUUGUAACCAAAGAUAUUUCUCUUGUUAUAAAUAAGAUGAUACAGGGUACAUUCAA